CGCCCCUCUUUGAACCCUAUUCAGACGUCCACCCACUGAGACGACUUUGGCGCGUUUCUGGGACCAUAUCCUGCUUAUUGGACCGAGCCUGUGGCUUCGGAUCUGGAACGGCUUUGUUGCGUUUCUGGGGGCUUUAUCCUGCUUAUUGGAGCGAUUCCGGAAGUCUUGGGUCGGUACAGUUUGAAGCGACUUUGGGUCUGUUUCGAGGGUAAAUGACUGUUUCUCAAAAGUGUGGUUAUCUGGUGGCCAAUAUACUACUACUCAGGUCCUUCCACUUGUCACUCUCCUCACUCACUUUGAAGUUGCCAAUUUCUGUAGUCCUCAUCGUCAUACCCGCUCAACGUACAUACAAUAUACAGUGCAGCCUCGGACAAUGUGCGGACGCACCGCCUUGGCGCUGGAUCCAACUGAUAUACAAAGCCGCACAGGGGCCGUGCGUUGGUCCAACCCCGACUCCUAUCGGUCUUCUCGCAACGUCGCGCCUACCCGUUAUCAACCCGUUUUACGAAAAGAUACAGAGAAUGGGGGCCAGAGGUACCUGCAGUGCAUGAAGUGGGGCCUAAUCCCCUCGUGGACGAAACAACUCCCGACGUACGCCAACGCCUUGCAAACGAUCAAUGCGCGGGACGACCGCCUCAAAGAAGGAAAAUCUAUGUGGUCAGGGAUGAAGCACAGUAAACGAUGCGUCGUAAUUGCAGAAGGAUUUUUUGAAUGGGUGAAGAAGGGCAAAGAGAGGCAGCCGUAUUACGUGCAAUGGGAAGAUAAGCGGCUGAUGUAUUUCGCGGGACUAUGGGAUCGGGCGACCAUUGACGGGCAACACAUUGAGAGUUACACAAUCAUCACGACUUCCUCCAGUAACGCGCUAUCGUGGUUGCAUGACAGGAUGCCCGCGAUUCUGCGGUCCGAGGAGGAGGUCGAUAAAUGGCUUGAUCCGAACACGAAGUUUACGGACGACAUUGCUCGUCUCAUUCGGCCGACAGAGGAAGGGCUUUCCUGGUAUCCCGUGUCAAAGUUUGUGAGCAAAACAGGCAAUGACUCCGUUGAAUGCGUGACGCCAAUCGAACUCAAACCGGAACCUCCGACGAAGCCGAACGGGAACAUUAUGAACUUCUUCAAGAAGGCUGCCCCAAAAUCUACCGAGAAAACGAGCGAGAGGAGCGGAAAGAGUUCGUCACCUGCUCCCAAAGCGAGUCUGCAGAAUUGGUUGAAGAAGGAGGAUGGUUCGCCAACGAAGCGAAAGCGGGAUGAUGACCACCCAAGGGAAAUACAACCCGAAGAGGAUAUGAAGGCGAAGGAUGAAGAACCAGAGAGUAAGCGGAGCAAACGAGAUGAAACGGUGGAAGAAGCCGGCGAUGAGGUUUUCAAGGACGAGCAGCUGGAUCUGUUAGAAAACGCCUGAUAGUCCUAGCCACCGUGUAGGCUGAUGUCAGGGGCGCUGUCAGUCCAUCGCUCAUCGAUUGUAAAUAGUAAAGCCACUAUUAAACGUCUCUUCCUCUGGUCGCUUCUGAACCUAGUAAGUUUUGGCUGCCAUGCCAUACUGUUCCAUUUGAUCGCUCCACUGGGCUCCCCCCUUUGGGAAGAGCCAGCGAGCGACCUUCGCGGGCGAAACCGCGUAUACGUAUAUUAACAACGAUAAUAAAUACAUAUGAUCCAGCACAUCUUUGGACCCAACGACGCCGGAUCGCGCACGGC